AUGUUGGGCAGAGAAAAGUUCGCAAAAAGAGCACAUAUACCACAUAGUAGCUGUUUCGAGGAUUGCGUCCUAGUCGUAUCCAAUUCGCAGUGGGGAUGUGUAGACUCGCAUAGUGACGAAUUUAGAGGCAGAAACCAUGGAGGAGAGAUCCUCUCCUAUCUUCACGAUUCAAAAGAACGCCAUUUGCUUGUUGAACAUUUUCAGCAGGUUAAACCACGCAGCUCUAAAAAAUGUUGGGCAGAGAAAAGUUCGCAAAAAGAGCACAUAUACCACAUAGUAGCUGUUUCGAGGAUUGCGUCCUAG